AUGUCUCUCCCAAAUAGUCUUUUGGCAUCUAUUCCUGUUCUUUCUGGGAACAAUUACAAGAGAUGGGUAGAGGACCUAGAAAUUAAUCUGGGACUGCUCGAUCUUGAUAUGGCUCUUCGAGAACCAAAACCUGGUGAUCCGACGGAUGUGAGUACGAAUGCUGAGAGAGUUAAGAUGAAAAAGUGGAUGACAGUUAAUUGGAAGUGCAUACUAGUUAUGAAGAAAUCCAUUCCUGAGUUGUUACGUGAUAGCGUUGAAGUGUCUCAGAAGGCUGAGAAAGGGGAUCUAACGAAUCAAAUUACGUCGGCUGUAUUCAAUGGUGCUGAGAGUGUCAGAGAACAUUUACUGAAUAUGGCUUACACUGCGAACAAGUCGAGGGAUCUUGGGAUGCCUAUAGAAGAACUUUUGGUGCAUCUUGCACUUAAAUCUCUCCCAGAUGUGUAUGUAAAUAUAAAGUCUGCAAAUGCUGCUCAGAAGGACAAAUGGACCAUGAAAGAACUGAUAUCUAUCUGCGCAUAA